AGAAAGGGAUCAAAGCUGAAAAAAUAUCAGCGGCGUACAGGAAUCAAACCAACAAUCUUUGGUUUGGAAAGCCAAGGUGCUAACUACCUUCACCGGGGCUAGGCCCCCAUACACCCCUACAUCCAAGAUCCAUCCAGCAAAUCAACCUAUUUUCGUCUAGGCCGCUCUCCUAUUUGGAGCCGAGUCCAACAACAACAGUCUAUUGAUCAUAAAGUCCUUAACGAAUGCAUUCGUGAGUUUCGAACAAAAACCCUACAUGAACUGCAACAACCACACCAGAACUCAAAGUUACUCUCUGCGUGUCGGACAUCCAUCAGCUUAGACCCUGUACUCUGGCUUCCAAUGACUAGCGAAGAGCGUAGCCGCUGCAUCCGAUGGCGUCUCGGAUGGCUACCUGGUGGUCAUUCCAACUUCUGCUUCCAUCAUCCCACCACCAUCAUGACAAAACAACAUGCCAUACAGUGCUUACAGAUGCUUCAACCUCUGAUGAAGCCAAUAUCAAUUCUAGAUCCAUUCUCUAAUCUUUUGAAUCAACUUCCCACUCGUCCCCCUCGAUCAGCCGUCACUCGCCAAUCAUGGACCGUCCGUUAGCCGGCCAUUUGCCACAUUCUUUUGAACUCAAUCAUUUGUUUCAUGGAUUGGAUCCACCUCCACCAGACCCCUCACUAGGCUACGCCCUAUUACAAUGGUUGAACCAGCCCUCACACAUAACAACAACUGAUUAAAUCCUUUUUUACCCUUGUUCCAAAAGGGGUUUUUAGCAAUAUAUAGUCUAUACUAUAGAAACUUUAGGAUCUGCCCCAGGCAAUUUGGUGCUCAUUGGGUUUUAAAUAUUGUAAUAAAAGCUUCCUUUAAACGUA